GCCCCGGAUCUACAUGGGAGGGAUUCAUGCCACAGGAGUAGUCGCUCUGCAUCCUGAAUUUCUAACUUGGUCUUUUAAGGCCCUCUUCCACGGGCCAAUCCUGUCUCAAGCAACUGCGAGACAUUUCCAACACCGCCACUGCCCGCCACUCCUUUUUUGACGAGUCUAACACCUCAGCCUUACUUUUGCGGAGAGGCCCCAGAACGCUCCCGGGCUAAGCCUGUCUACCCUGGACUAGCAUCUCUACUAUCAUCCUUACACUCUAGAGUGUGGGCCUGUGCCUUGAGACUCGACCCUUCCCACUCAUCUGUUGGACUUCCCGCUUGGGCGCACUGACCUGUUCACUGGCACGAUAUACAACCCACAUAUACUUCGAUUUACGCCCAUUAGAAGACCGGCAAAUACCCGUUUCCUAUCACAUCUUCGACACAUCACCUACUACUCCAGACCUCACCGAAACCUCGCACUACAUGAUCAUGACUUUUUUCUCCCACGAGGCAGAGCUGGCACUUCUGGCGCCUGAUGAUGGCAUGGGUCAUCUGUACCCCUCCAGCACAUGUCAAUCGCCUCCAAGCAUCAUGUAUUCACCACCGCUGCACCAAAUGAACCACCGACCGCCAACGACGUUGCCAGUACAUGGAGCCAUCUAUACCUCUUCACACAACUACAGACCGGUCAUGGACUCCCCAUAUCCACCACACAAUAUAUGGUCGUCGCAACCCUCAUCCAUUCCGAUACCCCAGGUGUCCUCGUAUUCGUAUCCUCCCUUUACAGGUAUAACAGCUACAUCGACACUGACGCCCGACCUGAGUCUACUUCCGCAAACAUAUGGCGUACCUCGACCGUCAAGAUCACACUCAGCUUCAUCUUCUACGGGUCUAGGCCUGCCGUCCAAUAUCCCGUCAGAGAGAUCGCCGCCUUCGCUCUCGCGCUCACUGUCACCGUCGUCGCCAGACCUUCGAGCGUAUGGUAUCCCCAACAAGAAUGGAACGUGGAGCUGUGGCUACCCAGGAUGCACAUCAAGAGCAGUCUUCACUCGAGGUUGUGAUCUCAGAAAGCACCACAAGCGACACACAAAGUCAUUCUUCUGUCGACACGCAGAUUGCCCGCAGUCCACUGGAGGAGGCUUCUCAAGUAAGAAGGAUCUUGCAAGACAUGAGGCCAAGCACAAUCCAGGUGUAUUGUGCGACUGGGAUGGUUGCGACAGAGUCUUCAGUCGCGUGGACAAUAUGAGAGAUCACGUAAAGAGAAUACACCUGAAAGCGUCCCGGACAUCGUCGAUCACUUCAACAUAGUGUAUAAACACAGCCUUUCGCCCCACAUGUCAAGCCUGGGAAGCUCGAGUGUCCCCAUCUUAAGGCUUGCAGUUGCGUCACAAAACCGCAUGGAAACUCACAAGCAAACUACAGUCGCCUUGCGCUAGACAGCACACACAACGGGGAUGAAGCAGGUCGAUCUCAUCCAGAUGACCAUUACACAGGGUACCUACGCUACAGUCCCUUUCACUUUCGUUUAAGAUACCCUUAUUUUGCAUUCUGCGUUGUUCAAGACCUGCAAUAGCAGGCGUAGCUUUUGAGCUGCCUUUUUUCUUCAUCGCAUUGCAGUGGCGUUUAUUAGACUAGAGCAAUUUAUGUGGAGACGUUCAAUAUCUUCUAGAGACAUAUCACGAAUAGAAGCUUUGUUGGGAUAUUGUGUGGAUAGAUGCAUAUGGCGGCGCCCGCUGUUGCCUAGACUAGCUCGACACAAGUGACG